AUGGCGUACCAGUUGUACAGGAACACUACGCUAGGAAACAGCCUUCAGGAGAGCCUGGACGAGCUCAUUCAGACGCAACAGAUCACUCCCCAGUUGGCCCUCCAGGUUCUUCUUCAGUUUGACAAAGCCAUCAACACGGCGCUGGCCAACCGCGUUCGUAACCGCGUCAACUUCAAGGGUUCGCUGAACACUUACCGCUUUUGCGACAACGUGUGGACGUUCGUGUUGAACGACGUCGAGUUCCGAGAAGUCACCGACCUGGUCAAAGUGGACAAGGUCAAGAUUGUGGCCUGCGAUGGAAAGAAUUCUGGCUCCAAUGCCGGCGAGUAG